UGAGCUUAAAGGGUGUCCAUUUUUGUGCAUUUUUUUUUCAGCUAGAAAAAAAUGGACUCAAAAUUUUUGCAGAUUUUUGCUUUUUAUAAUUUGUAUGAGCAGUUUAGAGUAAGAUAUAUAAUGGGUUAUUAUUAGUGCAAUUUAAUCAUCCAUCCAUACAUAGAAAGUAAAAAAAGUUUUUGAGUCCUUUUUUAGCAAGAAAUGAACAUUGAUGCCUUGUAGAUAGUACUAUUAAUUUUCUUAUAGCUAUAAAGAGUGUGGGGUUUCAAGAUAAUUAAGAAAAAGGUAGGUUCUUGAACUUAAAGGGUGUCCAUUUUAUCAUCAACAAAAUUGUUAACUUUCCAAAAAAUUGCAUGUGUUGAUUUCUAUUUCUAUAUUGGGUAGUUGUGGAAUUAGUCAUAGAUCCAUACUUAGAAAGUGAUUGAGAUGGAAAAAGGUGGAUUCUUGAACUCAAAGGGGGUAGCUAUUUUCUUGAUUUUUCAUCAAGAAAAUUGAGAAAGAUGGAUUCUUGAACUUAAAAGGGUGACCAUUUAUCUUUGAAAUUUCCAAGUUUGCAUAUUUAUGUUGAUUUCUAUAUUGGGUAGCUGUGGAAUAGUCAUAGAUCCAUAAAUAGAAAGUAGCUAGCAAGAGAGAGCUGGAAAAAAGCUGGAUUCUUGAACUCAAAGGGGGCAACUAUUUUCUUGUUUUUUAGCAAGAAAAUUGAAAAAAGGUGGAGUCUUGAGCUUAAAGGGUGACCAUUUAUCUUCAUUUUUUGAUCAACAAGAUUGAAACUUCCCAAAAUUUGCAUUAUAUGUAUGUGUGUGUAUUGAUUUCUAUAUGGGGUAGCUGUGGAGUUUGUCAUAGAUCCAUAUAUAGAAAGUAUAAAGAGGUGAAAAAGGUGGAUUCUUGAACUCAAAGGAGCAACUAUUUUCUUGAUUUUCAGCUUGAAAUGCACUCAAUAUUUGGAGAUAUAUAAUGUUGUUUCAGUGAAAUUGUUCAUAGAAGGGGGAAGAAAGUCAAACUGGUGAAGAGGGGUUUUUGAUCAAUCUUGAAGUUGGAAUCUUGGAUUGAAAUGGAUAGUACAACAACAACAGCAGCAUCAGCAGCUCAAGGAGCAACACCACCAGCUGAGGAGUUGUUAAAGAAGAUUAAAGAAUUGGAGGAAGGACAUGCCCAAUUGAAGCAGGAGAUGUCUAAGCUUAAAAUUUGUGAUGAUCAUAGAACACAGAGACAAAGGUCACAUUCUAUCUCUCCACAAAGGCCGCCUCGUGUUCGGUCUGGUGGUGGAUUUGAUGGUUCUAUGUGGAAAAGGGGGUCAGCUUCCUUCAGGCAUUCGUCACCAUUGCAAAGAGAGAGUAGUAGUAAGUGUGAGGGAGAUGGUAGCAGUAUUGGUGGUGGAGGCCCUGCUGCAGUGAAAUUUACUGAUAGACAGUAUUUGAAUAUAUUACAGUCAAUGGGACAAGCAGUGCAUAUAUUUGAUCUCAAUGGUCAAAUAAUUUACUGGAAUCGAACUGCUGAAAAACUAUAUGGUUAUUCUGCUGCAGAAGCUCUUGGACAAGAUCUCAUCGAACUCCUAACAGAUGCUCGGGAUCAUGAUGUUGCUAACAACAUUGUGCACCGAGUGAUAAGAGGUGAAAGUUGGACUGGACAGUUUCCAGUUAUAAAUAAGCAAGGGGAUAGAUUCCUAGUCGUUGCUACUGAUACCCCUUUUUAUGACGAUGACGGUACUUUGCUUGGUGUUAUUUGUAUAUCAAGUGAUAUGAGGCCUUUCCAAGAAUCAGGACUUAUGUCGAUGGGAGUGAAGCAGUUGGAAGCUGAUACAAGAUUUAGAGCCAGAACCCUUGCUUCUUCCAAACUUGGACUUGAUCCCCAGCAGCCCCUUCAAGUUGCCAUUGCCUCCAAAAUAUCUAAUUUGGCCUCAAAGGUGAGCAACAAGGUUAAGUCAAAAAUAAAGACAGGAGAGAGCAGCAUGCUUCGCGAAGGUGGAAGUGGAGAUAGUCAUUAUUCUGACCAUGCAUUUUCUGAUGCUGCUCUCUCAGAUCACCGGGAGGAUGCGAAUUCAAGUGGAGCGAGUACGCCUAGGGGAGAUGUUCACCCAUCUCCAUUUGGAGUAUUCUCUAAUCUUGUAAAAGGGGAUCACUCCUCAGGGAAAGCCUCAAGAGAUUCUGGGGAUGAGAGUGAGGGAAAACAAGGGAUUUCUAAGUUUAUCAGCUCGAAGGCAGAGGCGUGGAUGCCGAAGAAUAGCUUUUCAUGGCCAUGGAAAGGCAAUGAGCGAGAAGCAUCAGAGUCAAGAACCACACGAUCUGUGUGGCCUUGGCUAAACAAUGACCAAGACAAUGAGUUAAAUCACAUCAACAGUUCUAAUACAUUUAAACCAGACAAUCAGGUUAUUGAAACUCACCGGACAACCACUAAUGAAGCUCCAGGGUCCUGGUCUUCAUUUAAUAUCAACAGCACAAGCAGUGCUAGUAGCUACGGAAGCACCAGCAGUAGUGCUGUUAAUAAGGUGGACAUAGAUACUGACUGCUUGGAUUACGAAAUCUUGUGGGAGGACUUAACCAUUGGAGAACAGAUUGGAGAAGGAUCUUGUGGUACUGUUUAUCAUGGGCUGUGGUACGGAUCAGAUGUCGCUGUUAAAGUGUUCACCAAGCAAGAAUAUUCUGAUGAAGUGAUAAAUUCCUUCAAACAGGAGAUAUCCCUUAUGAAAAGACUUCGACAUCCAAAUAUUCUUCUAUUCAUGGGUGCAGUUACUUCACCGCAACGCCUCUGCAUCGUCACAGAGUUCCUGCCACGGGGAAGUUUGUUCAGGCUAUUACAGAGGAAUGGAUCCAAAUUAGAAUGGAAACGACGAAUCCACAUGGCUUUAGAUGUAGCUCGUGGUAUGAACUAUCUUCAUCACCUUUCCCCUCCUAUAGUUCAUCGCGACUUGAAGUCUUCAAAUCUUCUUGUGGACAGGAACUGGACUGUUAAGGUUGGGGAUUUCGGAUUGUCACGUCUUAAACAUGAAACUUAUCUAGCAACAAAGACGGGUAAAGGAACGCCGCAAUGGAUGGCUCCAGAAGUUCUUCGCAAUGAACCUUCGGAUGAGAAGGCUGAUGUAUACAGUUUCGGCGUGAUACUUUGGGAACUCGCCACUGAGAAAAUCCCUUGGGAAAACCUCAAUACGAUGCAGUUGAUUGCAGGUGAUUGGAGCUGUAGGAUUCAUGGAUCAGCGGCUAGACAUCCCAAAGGGUGUUCAACCACAGUUGGCUUCUAUUAUCGAGAGCUGUUGGCUCAGCGAGCCACAACAUCGUCCUUCAUUCCAAGAGUUGGUGGAGAAACUUAAGGAUCUGCUGAAGCAGCACAUUAUCCAGGCGCAGGCAGCACGUAGCACUACAGGAGAUAGCAGCAGCCAGAAGGAACUGUAAAAACAACUAGCAGGCUUUUGUGGUUGAGUUUCAUUUGCUGUUUGCUAGCAGAUGCAUUGCUAACUCUUCAAGAUUUUAUGGCUGUCGCGUAAAAAAGUUGGUCGGUCAGAGCUCACAAAGUGCUUGUGUUGUCGGAUUCUACAUUCAGAGGCUAAAUGUUAGGCUUGCAGUUGAUUCAUUACAAAGAAAAGGCAGCUGCCUUUAUUCGAGUCAUUUACUGCCCUUACGUGAGUUUUAACAUGAUUCUUGUUCGAUGAAUUCACAGUUUUUUGCGUUGAUUGUUAUCUUGUGUGAAGUGAAUUCGUCUUCAAAUUAUUGUUGGGUAUUAUAAGGUUUACUACAUUCAAAUAUUUGUAUAUUGAAUGAGAAGCUUGCAUUCA